GUUUUCAGCUGAACUAUAAUUGCAUGGAGAAACUGGAGAAAAAGAUCUUCAUGUUGCCUUGAGCUUUGUUAAGUAGGUACUCAACUAUCAAGAAGACCUCCUGAUCCUGUGCUACUCCAUGUUAAGACAAGGAAACAAGUCGCGGUAUAUUCAACAUGGAAGGCAAAAUAAAAGGAAAUGAUUCAGUAGUUUGUGAAACAGAACCGCUAUUGAACAGACGAGCCCCUAAGCUAUCUGGCAGAGAGAGGGCAGCAUCACGAUGGGUGACAGUGGAGCCCCUACUUCUCUUGGCAGCAUGCAGCUAUAUGUUGACCGCUGUCCUUCGCAUCCAGUAUGUACUAGUGAGGGUACAGGAGUCUUAUAACUACACCGUUCACACGGAUUCACCUUGCCCAGUUCGGAACCAGACUGGUAAUAUUAGCUAUAUUUCGGAUGCUGACACCCAGGCCCGGAUCCAGGCGGACUCCGCUCGCUGGAUGCUGUUCUUUAGUCUCGUUGGAGCUCUUCCGGGCUUCUUCUCCGCAAUCUUCAUGGGAGCUCUGUCCGACAGGUUCGGCCGCAAGAUAUUCCUCAACCUGUCGACCAUCGGCAGUGCAAGUUUCGCCGGUGUUUGCACGGCCGUGAUGGCGUUCAAUCUUCGCCUGGAGGUGUUCUACGCCGCCGAUCUUGCCUUCGGCCUGACGGGCGGGCAAAUGUCUGUGCUAUCCCUUUGCUACUCCUACAUUGCAGACGUGACUACCAAGAAACAGCGCACCUUCAGGAUAGUUGUGAUCGAAACAGUCUUCGUCCUUGCUGGACUGUUUCAAGUUGGGGCCGAGUAUUGCUACGAAGCUCUUGGCUUUGCCACCACCGCGGGAAUCGCGACAGGUCUGGGAGUCCUGGCCUUCAUUUACUCUGUAAUUCCACAUAUCCUGAUCGAGACAAUCGAGAGGAAGGGUCAGCAGCCACUAGUUCAGACACUGAGGCAGACUGUACGAGGCGUUGGACGGUUGUUUUACAGCGAGGGAGGCGCUGUACGCACCUGGUGCUUGCUACUCAUUUUCGCCACCCUUUUCAUGCUAACCCCGAUGGAAUCUUCGCUCCAGGUUAGAACAUUGUACGUGCAAGCCGAGCCCUUCUGCUGGUCACCAGUUACAAUCGGGUACAACGCCGCCCUGUUUAGUACCGUCAUACUUGUUGGUAACAUCGGAGGCUUCAAAUUGUUGUCAAAAUGUUUCAGCAGUCAGUGGAUCUUUCACAUAUCCUGUUUCAGUACAGUUGGGGUAUACGUAGUGUUCGGGCUGGUGAGAACAACUGAGCUAUUUUUUUGGGCGAUACUUUUAACAGUGAUCACGGGAUUGUGUUUCCCUGUCCUAAGAGGCACGCUUUCCCAACUGGUUGGAGCCGACGAACAAGGUGUUGCUUUGUCCUUCCUCGCUUGUGUGGAGAACUUCGGCAUGUAUGUCUCACCCAUAGCCGUCAACGCAGUUUAUAUGGCUACCGUAGCAUCUUACGCCCCACUUGGGUUCUUUGUGAUAGCUGGGAUCACUUGUGUACCGCCUGUGUUAUUCGGGCCUUAUACCUACGCUAGAGAAAUACUUUGGAUGUUUAAAAUCACCUCCAUUAAACCCAAUAAAACAAGUCACGGUAUAUUCAACAUGGAAGGCAAAAUAAAAGGAAAUGAUUCAGUAGUUUGUGAAACAGAACCGCUAUUGAACAGAGCCCCUAAGCUAUCUGGCAGAGAGAGGGCAGCAUCACGAUGGGUGACAGUGGAGCCCCUACUUCUCUUGGCAGCAUGCAGCUAUAUGUUGACCGCUGUCCUUCGCAUCCAGUAUGUACUAGUGAGGGUACAGGAGUCUUAUAACUACACCGUUCACACGGAUUCACCUUGCCCAGUUCGGAACCAGACUGGUAAUAUGAGUUAUAUUUCGGAUGCUGACACCCAGGCCCGGAUCCAGGCGGACUCCGCUCGCUGGAUGCUGCUCUUUAGUCUCGCUGGAGCUCUUCCGGGCUUCGUCUCCGCGAUCCUCAUGGGAGCUCUGUCCGACAGGUUCGGCCGCAAGAUAUUUCUCAACCUGUCGACCAUCGGCAGUGCAAGUUUCGCCGGUGUUUGCACGGCCGUGAUGGCGUUCAAUCUUCGCCUGGAGGUGUUCCUCGCCGCCGAUCUUGCCAUCGGCCUGACAGGCGGGCAAAUGACGAUUGUCUCCCUUUGCUACUCCUACAUUGCAGACGUGACUACCAAGAAACAGCGCACCUUCAGGAUAGUUGUGAUCGAAACUGUCUACGUCCUUGUUGGACUGACUCAGAUUGGGGCCGAGUAUUGCUACGAAGCUCUUGGCUUUGCCGCCACCGCGGGAAUUGCGACGGGUCUGGGAGUCUUGGCCUUCAUUUACUCUGUAAUUCCACAUAUCCUGAUCGAGACAAUCGAGAGGAAGGGUCAGCAGCCACUAGGCCAGACACUGAGGCAGACUGUACGAGGCGUGGGACGGUUGUUUUACAGCGAGGGAGGCACUGUACGCACCUGGUGCUUGCUACUCAUUUUCGCCACCCUUUUCAUGCUAACCCCGAUGGAAUCUUCGCUCCAGGUUAAAACAUUGUACGUGCAAGCCGAGCCCUUCUGCUGGUCACCAGUUACAAUCGGGUAUAACGCCGCCCUGUUUAGUACUGUCUUACUUGUUGGUAACAUCGGAGGCUUCAAAUUGUUGUCAAAAUGUUUCAGCAGUCAGUGGAUCUUUCACAUAUCCUGUUUCAGUACAGUUGGGGUAAACGUAGUGUUCGGGCUGGUGAGAACAAACGAGCUAUUGUUUUGGGCGACACUUUUAUUAGUGUUAUCGGGAUUGUGUUUCCCUGUCCUAAGAGGAUCGCUUUCCAAACUGGUUGGAGCUGACGAACAAGGUGUUGCUUUGUCCUUCCUCGGCUGUGUGGAGAACUUCGGCAUGUAUAUCUCACCCAUAGCCGUCAACGCAGUUUAUAUGGCUACCGUAGCAUCUUACGCCCCACUUGUGUUCUUUGUGAUAGCUGGGAUCACUUGUGUACCGCCUGUGCUAUUCGGGAUUAUGCACGUCGUCAUUAAACGCUCGAUCGACCCACAGAUCUUGGCAUCCCAUACAGUGACUGACUGA